AUGCAUGCAAUUCUGAGAAAUGCUCUACUCUGCCUAGAAAGAUGCAAAUCAUUGAAAACAUUGAAGCAAAUUCAUGCUCAAGUUCUCAUCAGCGGGCUUCAGAACGAGAACUAUGUGGCAGUUAAGCUUGUGUCAUUUUGCAGCAAGACAUUGGGGAAUGUUGAUCAUGCCCGUAGAAUUUUGAUUCCUGCCAUCAGUGAAGGGGAACAAAUCCAUGCUCAUUCAACUAAACUUGGAUUUAGUUCCUCUCCUUAUGUCGUAACAACACUGCUAGAUAUGUAUUCCAAGUUUGGUUACAAACAAGAAACAAAACAUCUAUUCAGGACUACGCCGGAAAAAAAUGUUGCAGCGUGCAAUACUAUGAUUGCAUAUUAUGCCAAAGUUGGUGAUUUGGAGACUGCUAAAAGUGUUUUUGAUGAAAUGGUUCACAGAGAUUCAAUUUCAUGGAGUAUCAUGAUAUCCAGUUAUGCUGACAAUGGCAAUAUGUCGGCUGCUAGGGAGAUUUUUGAUCAGAAUCCAGAGAAAAAUAUUAAGUCUUGGAAUUGUUUGAUGGUUGGUUAUUCUCGUAAUGGAAGGUGGAGUGAUUGUAUACAGCUCUUCAAUGAGAUGGCUUCCAGUCAUAUGAGAGCCAAUCAUGUUACCAUGACCACGAUGAUGUCUGCUUGCCAAGAGUUGAUUUUUCUAGGUUUGUAUUGUGAACCUAUAUAUUCAUAUUUACUCAUCGUGGUCAUGGUAACUGUUAAACAGGUAUUGAAGAGAACUCUUAUUUCUUGA